CACACACACAUAGGCACACACACACACCCCCACAGGCACACACACGGGCACACCUAAGCUGAAAACAAAAAAGGAUGACGGGAGAGCGAGAGAGAUGCGGAGCAUAUUUAUAAACAGGAUAUCAGAUGAGAGGGAAGUCGUACAGAAGAAGACAUUCACAAAAUGGAUAAACUCACAGUUCUCCAAGACAGGAAAGCCUCCUAUCCAGGAUCUGUUUUCUGAUCUCUGUGAUGGACGACGUCUUCUAGAACUGCUGGAGGGACUGGCUGGACAUGAGCUGGUGAGACUCGAGAGAGGAUUCACGCGUGUUCACUCUCUCAAUAAUGUCAACCGAGCUCUGCAAAUCCUGCAAAAAAACAAUGUGGAACUGGUGAACAUAGGAAGUGCAGACAUUGUUGAUGGGAAUCACAAACUCAUCCUCGGCCUCAUUUGGAGUGUGAUUCUCCACUGGCAGGUGAAGGAUGUGAUGAAGGAUCUCAUGGCGGGUCUACAACAGACCAACAGUGAGAAGAUUCUACUGAGCUGGGUCCGGCAGAACACACGCCAGUACCCCCAG